AUGUUUAAAUUGCUAGAACUCUACAAGCAUUCACUAACGAAAAGACCUCACAUAACUAAUGCUAUUAUGACUGGAUCUCUUUUUGGGAUUGGAGAUGUCGUUGCUCAAUUAUUAUUUUCACAUUCAGAAUACCCAUCAUCUGACAACUAUAAUAUUGUUUCCGAUAAUGAUGUAAAAGAUUUAACCAGUUAUGAUUAUUUAAGGACAUUAAGAGCUAUUACAUAUGGUUCUCUAAUAUUUUCUUUUAUUGGUAAGAAAUGGUAUAACAUUUUACAUUACAAUGUAAGAUUUUCACAUAUACAUAAUUCACAUUGGAAAAAUCAGAUACUAAGAGUAUCAGUAGAUCAAAUAUUGUUUGCUCCAAUUUCCUUGCCAUUUUAUUUUUGUUGUAUGACAAUAAUGGAAGGUCAAUCCAUUGCUGUUGCUAAGAAAAAGUUGGAUGUUGAAUGGUGGAAUACUUUAAAGGUUAACUGGACUAUAUGGCCUUUAUUUCAAAUGAUAAAUUUUUCCUUUAUACCCUUGCAACAUCAACUAUUGGCGGUCAAUGUGAUUGCUAUAUUUUGGAAUGCGUUCUUGUCUUACAAGAAUUCGAUAACUGCUCUAGAUAAGGAAAAGAGAAUUGUUCAUUAUCCACCCGUUACUGAAUAA